AUGAGAGUGGGUUCAUUUGUUUUCCGUUAUGAAGUUUCGUUAGCGAUUGAAUCGCACGCGCAUUAUUCAAAUAAACUAAAACUGAAACGGCCGAAUCUCUCGGUUGAUUUCGCCGUCCGAUACGCUCAAUCGCCGCCGAAACUCCGGACGGCGACACCCCGGAGAUCUAUAAACUCCGAUCGGAGGCCGGUUUGCUCGUUCGCGGCGAGGAGGAGGUUCGUUCGUGGCCGUGAGGAGGAUUUCUCAAAGUCUGGAACGAGGAAACGUUUACGAUUCGUCUUCAUCUGCGUGGUUACACCUGCUCAGGAGGAAUGCUUGCAGAGGUUGCAGAACCGCAUGGAAGUAGCUUAUGACACCUCAAUUCCUCAGCAUCAGGAAGCUCUGAAGGGUCUUUGGAAACUUUCUUUUCCUGAAGAAGAGCUACACGCAAUUGUAUCUGAGCAGUGGAAGGAAAUGGGUUGGCAGGGGAAAGAUCCAUCCACUGAUUUUAGGGGUGGUGGUUUCAUAUCUCUUGAAAACUUAUUGUACUUCGCUAAGAGAUUCCCGAAAUCCUUCCAGGACCUUCUGCGGAAGCAGGUUGGGGAUCGAUCUGUAUGGGAAUACCCGUUUGCCGUUGCUGGCAUCAAUAUUACGUUCAUGCUUAUCCAGAUGCUUGGCCUUGAAACAGUGAAACCACCAAGUAUUGUUGGCGAAACAUUUUUGAGAUUUCUUUCGGUGAAUGAAUCUGCGUUUGACAUUCUUUAUUGCAUUGCCUUCAAGCUAAUGGAUCAUCAAUGGCUCUCCAUGCGUGCUUCGUACAUGGAAUUUAACACGGUAAUGAAAUCGACAAGGAGGCAAUUGGAGAGAGAGAUAAUGGUUGAAGACAUAACAUAUAUUGAAGAUAUGCCAUCAUACAGCCUCCUUCUCAGUCAAUAAAAUACCAAACAGCUUAUGAGAGACUACUACUGUGUAAGUAGAAAGAUCUAACAGUUAGACCUCAAGAAACUCUAUACAAAGCCUAAAACAACAAACAGAACAGACAAGCAUAAAAAAAGGCAAAGUCUCUAUCUACACUUCUGGUAUUUCAUUUAUCAUAGUUAGUGACGGAAAGGUCUGUGAUUUCAUUUAAGAAGACAAGGUCUGUGAUUUCUUGAAACAGAAGUUAAGGUUUUGUUUCGUA